GUGACUCUGAACGCUGACCCCCGCGCCCUCCCUGCUCACGUGACCUCAGAUUCGCCCUAUCCGCGAGGUGUCCCUGCCCGGCUUCCGUCCUACCUGGCUGUGUUUGGAUAUGGCGGACGGCUCGCUGGUGCUGGGUGUUGAUGUGGGCACUAGCUCGGUGAAAGCCGUGUUACUGGCAGCCAGCUCCGGGCAUGUGGUGAGCAGCCAGAGCCGGGACAGCCGGGCCGGCGCGGAGAGCGAGUGCGGCCUGCGGGUGAGUAUGGCCCUGAGUGCGGCACCAGCCGGGGACACGGUCAUUACACCGCCGGCGUGACGUCACCGCUCUACAUAUUACAUCACCUGCAUGACGUCACCGCUCUACAGGCUACAUCGCCGGUGUGGCGUCACCGCUCUACACAUUACAUGCACAUAUAAUAAAUAGGUUAACAGCUCACAGUGAAUGGCUAUUUCAACAUUUAUUUAUUUGUAUUCUGUUUGUGAAAGUGGAUCCAACGCAAUCCCAAGAUACCGUAAGACAAACCGAGUUAUGCACUAAAGUGAGAAUUGUCUGGAAUUCACAGUGACUUUCAAAUUUAUAGUGCUAGGAAAGCAAAGUUGUUUGCCUAGUACUAUUGUGACCAGUAGGCCCGUCCCCCCACUUCCGUCUUUUACCUGAUGCAAGUGCCGAUAUUCCUCGGUGCUGGGUCAGGUUCAGCAUCCGCUUUGCGUUGGGGACCUAAUGUGUGGCGAGUGCUGCGUUAGGACUCAAAGUAAUUAUAAACAGUGAAAAUAAUUUGUGCAACUAGAGUGAUCAAGUGCAUCAAUGUGCAACACACUUAAACAUAUAAAUAUACAAAAUGUGCAAACCAAAAUAUUUCUUAGUGUAACAAAUUUUGUGCAAAAAGACAAUACUUAGCUUUCCCAAUUAUGGAAUUUGCUUUAAAACUUCUGUCAGCAAUCCAAUAUGUGUCUCAAAGAGAGAAGGGAAAUUUUUAAAGAUGCAAUAAAGGAUUUUACUUCACCACAGUUUCCAGCUUAUAUUAUUGCAAAAGAAGCCAACAAAGUUUAGAGCAGACUUGAUUGCUCUACCCUUGUGAAUGUUUUUGGUUCAUAUUUUCUUUACAUUUAUUUAUUAACAUAUUACCCUAUGAUUGUGUAUUUCCCUUCUCUCUUUGAGACACAUAUUGGAUUGCUAACAGAAGUUUUAAAGCAAAUUCCAUAAUUGGGAAAGCUAAGUAUUGUCUUUUUGCACAAAAUUUGUUACACUAAGAAAUAUUUUGGUUUGCAUAUUUUGUAUAUUUAUGUGUUUUAAGUAUGUUGCACAUUGAUGCACUUGAUCACUUUAGUUGCACAGUAUUGCACAAAUUAUUUUCACUGUUUAUAAUUACUUUGAGUCUUAAAGGCACAGCGCACUUUAUUUUUACAUUGUCUUAAUAUAGGUGAUUGAGCUUUUUUCACUAUAUAUAGUGCUGCUUAUUAAUAUAUAUUGUUGUUUUAAAAUUUAGCGCCAUAAUAUUACUUGUGUGGUUUAUCACUUUGAGUGCUGCUUUAGAACUAUGUCAUGGGACACUGAAUGUCCUUACGUGAAGCAUGAGGAGUCCAGUGUCAUUUAUUGGAUCAGAAGUCCGCUAACGACCCGGAUGUGCCUCUAGUGGCUGUCUGGUAUACAGCCACAAGUGGUGGAGUUAACACUGCAUGGUAAUUAUUGCAGUUUAUCAAUAACUGCAAUAAGUACAAUUGCAGGGUUAAGGGGACUGGGCCAGUGCACCCAGACCACUUCAAUGCGAUUACAUUUCUGGGUGCCUAUAGUGUCCCUUUAAGGCCAAAAUAGCUGAACUGUAAGCACAGCAGAGUUGGGGACUAGUCUAAGGUUAACAAAAUGCAGUGUUCCACCAUCAACUUUUUUCCAAUCCCAGCAGCCGUCACAAGUGAAGACUGAGCACGUUGAAUAUCAUAUCAACACAAUCUCUGCAGCACUGAUGCUUCUCAUAGAUUAGCAAAGAGUGCGGCCUUUACUGGGCAUGCAUUUUUCAUCCACACUGUUUAUCUAUGAGUAGCAUAUGCUUGGGGUGGGGGGGGGGAAAUUCUGCAAGAAGUCAUCGUGUUUGACAACUAAAGAGGUGGAUAUUGCUUCUGCAACGGCUGUGUCUUAGUGCUGGAAAAAGGGUAAUUAAAGGGUCAGAAGUCACUAUAAUGGCAGGGACUUAUAGUCCUGAAAAAGUGUUAUUCUCGGGACUAUAGAUUUUAUUUAAUAUACUGUAUUACUUUUUCAUGCUCAAAUAAUUUGAACUUUACCCUUUCCAUGAACUCUCAUGAGCUAUGCAGUGUUGGUCCAACUAAGAGAAUCAGCUGAUUGCUAUCAACCAAUAAACUGAAGGGCUUUAGUCAGACACCGAGAGCUUCCAACUUUCUCCUUAAAAGUGAUGUUGGGGAUCAACAUCUGAUGGAUCCUAGGCUGCUCAUCAGAUUGUUCAAAAAUGGUUUGAAGGGGGGUCAGGGCGCUUCUGGCACCAAACUACCAAAAUGAUAUUUUCUGAUUAUGAUUCUUGAAGUGUUCCUGUCAAAAAAAAAAAAAAAUCUUGCCUCAUUGUAAAAUACUGUCAGCUAAAGUUGGUUCUCUGUUAAGCCACAAAUGCUCUGGUGCAGCAGGUUAAAGAUGUGAGGUGUUUUUUUUUUUGUUUUGUUUUUUUUUCAUCUUAUAUUACAACGCAAAACAAGUAUUUUCUCUGUAUUCUAUAUUGGUUGGCAAAAGGUUAGAUGGAAGUGGCUGGAAGAUGAUUAUUGUCUUUGCUUUGCAGGGGAAAGAACAAGAUGUCUCCAAGAUAAUAGGAGCUCUGAAUGGGUGUCUCACAGCGUUGCCCAGAGAGAGACUUCAAAAGGUCUCACGUAUUGGGAUCUCUGGACAAAUGCAUGGAGCUGUGUUCUGGAAAAGAAAUGCAGGUGUAGCAUUCAGGUGAUAUCCGUAAAAACCGAUGUACAGAGGGUCUGUUGUGUCAGUGAGCUCUUGCUGUUAAAGGAACACUCCGGCAUCCUAAAAUAAUACAUUUAUUUGUAGGACAGGAGAUAUGUUUUAUCUUUUGGGCCAACUUUGCUCCCUAUCUCUGCUUCACCUAUUGGGCAGAGUACAAAUAGUGGUUUCCAUGCGGUUGCCUUAGAGCCAGGAGAAGUGAUAGCUUCACUUUCUAUUUGUGUUUUAUAAUGUAAACAUAAUUUUAAAUGAAAAAGACACUAUAGCGUUGGGAAUACAAAUGUGUAUUCUAACACCAUGUUAAAUGUUUAGGAUAACCACCCCCUUUGUUAGGAGCUAAAAUGAAUUUCACUUGGCCUUUCUCCCACACCCAGCUGAUGUGUCCUGGUUUGGCAAUGCAUUCUUGUUUUGAGAUUAUUGGGAUUGACGCUCUUAGUCAAUCCAGUGCUUUCCCAUAGGAAAGAAUUGGGAAGCUAGUGUGCCUUCGCAGGGAAACGCUGCACUGGAAACACUGUCAAUCAGAUGGACUCUGAGAUUAUCUGAUUGAAAUUGCAGAUUUUCACUCUAUUUUGUUGGUAGUACCUCUUGUGGCUGUUGGAGUGACAUUCACUAGAAGCAUUUAAACCCUGCAUUAUUUUAUACUGCAGGGACAUGGCACCCACCACAUCAUUACCCCUUUAGUUUAUAGUCAGUAUGUAAGGUAGAAGUUAAUAAACCAAAACCAAAGUAAGUGUUACCUUUCAAGAUGUAAAAUUGAAGUGAGAAUUGUGAUAAAUCACCAGUGUUAUUAUUCUGGAGAGGAUAGUAAAUUAUAAAAUACUGAUUUAAGUGGUGAAUUCACACCAUUCAGUCCCUAUAUUUUACACGAACACCAUAUGAUUUGUUACCUGAAAUCUACUUAAAGGGAAACUCUGGAACCACAAAGCAGUUUAGCUUGCUGUAAUGCAUUGUGUAAAGAGUGGGGAUUUUUAUUCUAUUUUAGAUAGAAUGCAGAUUUGUUUGGAAUAUAAAAAAAAAAUUAAUAAAAAAAAAAAAUCCUUGCUGCAGUGAGCCAAGUUUUGGUGAUAUCUGGUUGCACACUUUAUUUUGGCAACCCUGUAGAGAAUGACAACCAGUGCAAAAAGGUUUAAAGGGACACUGUAGGCACCUAGACCACUUCUGCCCAUUGGAGUGGUCUGGGUGCCAACUCCCACUACCCUUAAAGGACCACUAUAGGCACAGAGACCACUUCAGCUUAAUGAAGUGGUCUGGGUGACAGGUCCAGCUAGGUUUAACCCUUUUUGCUGUAAACAUAGCAGUUUCAGGGAAACUGCUAUGUUUACCUAUGGGUUAAUCAAACCUUUAGUGCUGUCUCAUUGACAUCCGCUAGAGGCGCUUCUCACUGUGAUUUUUACAGUGAGAAGAUGCCAGCGUCCAUAGGAAAGCAUUGAGAAUGCUUUCCUAUGGACUGGCUGAAUGUGUGCGCACGCGAGCGCGGGUCUUGCCGCGCAUGCGCAUUCAGCCAAGGACGUCAGAAGAGGGGGGAGAGUCCCAGCGCCGAGGGAGCCCGGCGCUGGAAAAAAGGUAAGGGAUUAACCCCUUCCUCCCCCUUCAGCGCCACAAGAGUGGGACACUCAAGGGCACUAUAGUGCCAGGAAAAUGAGUUUGUUUUCCUGGCACUAUAGUGGUCCUUUAACCCUGCAAGUGUAAUUAUUGCAGUUUUUUAUAAACUGCAAUAACUACCUUGCAGGGUUAACUCUAGAGGGCACUUCCUGCUUCAUAGCACAGAAAACCCGUGCUAGAGCGUCACUGGACGUCCUCACGCUGUGUGAGGACCUCCAGCAUCGCUCAAUUCCUCAUAGGAAAGCAUUUUCAAUGCUUUCCUAUGGGGAGCGCUAAUGCGCAUGCGUCUCCCUGGCCGGUGGGCGGGAUCAGUCUCGCCCACCAGCCAACAUAAUGCAGAGGAGCGGCUGCCUUUGGUAAGUAACUGAAGGGGUUUUCACCCCUUCAGCAACCGGGGAUUGUGAGGUGGGAGGGAGAGGGGACCCUGCAGUGCCAGGAAAACGGAUUGUUUUCCUGGCACUGGAGUUUCCCUUUAACAGCAAUAUGUCAGAUACAUAUGUUAAUUCGCAAUGUUAAUUCUUCCCUCAACCUGAUUUUUUUUUAUUUAUUUUUUUUUGUAUAUAUUUAAUUGGCUGUUUGUUGGUUUAUUCAUAUUAAUCAUAUUUAAUGUUGUUUUUGUUUUGAAAUCUACAUUGUUUUUGAUAAAAGAUUAAUAAAAAGAUCUGAAAAAAAAAUAAAUUACAUUUUAAUUUGUGUGACUUGAUAUAUCCAUUUCCCUUAUUGUAAUCAAAUAUCAUUGUUUGGUUUGUAUUUUGUUUAAUCCCCUGUAGAUAGUGUCCAUUUGUCUAGAGCAGGGGUAGUCCAUGUUUUUAAUACCUACCGUCCACUUAUGUAUCUCUUUUGAUGCUAAAAUUUUCUUACUGCCCACCGGUGCUGCUAUAACUCAAUUUUUUUUAGCACAAGUGUGAAAUAUUUUUUUUUGAAAGGUUAAAAAAUAAAUACUGAAAUCUUUUUAUUUCUAGUUUAUACAUAUAUCAUUUAUAUUUAACGUAUUUCCGCAUCUCCAUCGAUGCAAUGACCACUAGCGCAGGAGCUGCUUAAAUUGAAGUAAAAUGAAAGUAAAAGAAAACAAUAAAAACAAUACUUUUUUUUUUCUUGUUUUUCUUUCUUAUCUCCUUCCUUAUUGCAAUCACCAACAGGAAGGCUGACCUAGGUAUCCCACAUUAAUAUUAGCCAACAACAAAAAAUAAAACAAUAAAAAGGUAAAUUUAUAUAUCGGGUUCUUUUUCCUUUCGCUAUAUUUUCUCCUUCCUUUACUUAUUUUCCUAUGUUAAAGGACCACUCUAGGCACCCAGACCACUUCAGCUUAAUGAAGUGGUAUGGGUGCCUGGUCCAGCUAGGAUUAACCCAUUUUUUCAUAAACAUAGCAGUUUCAGGGCACUAUAGUGCCAGGAAAACGAGUAUGUGUUUUCCUGGCACUAUAGUGGUCUUUUAAGUAAACACAAUAUAACAGAAAAAAAAAAAACAAAGAAAGUUACCUGCACUUUCUCUUAAAUCCCUAUGUAUAUUUAAUGGAGGUUAUUUAGUUACUCCAGUGGCCAUUGGAGGGAAUGACCGCCUGCCAACGCAGUAAAUAAAGUGAUCUCCAUUUGUUUAAAUAUAACAAUAGGGAUUCAGGAGAGAGCACAGGUAACUUUUUCUUUGGUUUUUACUGGAUGUAUUGGGGCUGAUGUGUACUGUGGUCGUUGCUGCCUCCCAGGAGUGAUGGGAGUGAGGGUAGGACUUGUUUUUUUUGUAUUUGUAUUCACAAUAUAACAGAACUUAGAUUGCUUAGAUUUGCUUCUGUAAAUGCCACACUUCUAACUAUCCCUCCAUUCACAUUGAGUGCAUUAGCUCCCCUCCUCUCCCAGUGUGUUACAUCAUCAAUCCACUGUCCGUCCCCCAUCUGGAAUGCAGCCACGUGCUCCAUUUUAACCAUCAAAAGAGAUUUAGCAAACAGAGGUGUUCACACAAUACAUCUUGGGCGUUUUUGUGAGGUGUCUCUCCAUGGCCAGAGUGAGGGGUGCACGCGGCGUAUGUGGUUGUGCUGUCGUGGAUGAAACUCACCACCUCCCACUUCAAAAGCUUGAAACACUCACUAGUGGGCGGUAGGGUCCAGGUUGAUUACCACUGGUCUUAACAGAAAGUAUCCUAUCCAACAUCUAUAUACGCUUUUUUCAAUGCCACCAAGUAUAAAUAAAGUUUUGAAGCUGCCACAACAUUGUAACCCACACAAAGACUGAAAUAUUGAAAACACUGAACUUUUUACUUCGUUCCUCCUAAAGGAGAACAGUCAUUCAAGUCUGUGCGCUCAUAUGUUCCUAUUUAACAUUAUCAGGAAAACUCUAACGUGCUUUCUCUUGAGCGUUAGACCUAGUCUUUAACUGAAAUUCAUGUAACCUUCAUUCUAAUAAAACAAAUUGGUUUUCAGGAUUUGUUGUGUUGCAAAGUGAUCCACAGCAGGGCACAUUUUCUUGUAUGUCUCAGAAUUCAGAAAUUAAAUUGCACUGGCAGGGAGGCAUCCUAUAAUCCUCAUUUUUGAGACUGCAGGACAUAGAACAACGUGCCUCUUUUGGCACAGACCACUGAUAUAAUAUUGCUGUAUGCUGAAAGUGAUAGUUGAUGGACAUGAUUGUACCCUCCAUGAAGAGGAUCUUCACAGUGAAUCCUGCAGCCCCAGCAGCCCCAGCAUAGUGCCCCAGGACAGACUAGAUAUGCUCAGAGAAUAUUGGUUAUAAGUUCAGAGUCUGUUAAAGGGAAACUCAAUGCUCCAAAAAUGUAUACAUAUAUAUUUUGUUAAAUCGUCCCUGUCACCCUCUCUCCCUGAAAAAAUAGUAUUUCAUAAAGAUAGAAACGUUCAAUGAAAUUCCAGUCCAGUCAAGCGACAUACUGAGACAGAGUAGAAACUACUUUGACACUUAGACACCGGGCAGAGUAAUCCCCCUAGCUGCUAUCAGUGAAGGCUGCUGCAACAACAAAUUGGCUCUAUCUAAAUAAGGUCUAACUGGAUUCUCCAUAGAUCUUAAUGCUGUACGCAAGAGUACAGCAGUGACAAAGGACACCCUGGUGGAAGUUGGACACGCCCGCAAGGGUUAGUCGAAGUUCUUAAAUGGUUUGACUAUUUUCUCGCAGGAGGGCACUGUAACCACUACAACAGGCUGUAGUAGUUAUAGUACUUGGAGUGUUCCUUUUAAAGUAGAUUGUUGAGCUAUCACCUCAGCCAUGUUUUUCUAGAUAGCUGUAGAUUGCACUAACUGUUGGUAGGUACACGAGGAAUGAUGCCAAGCAGUAUGUGGAAUUAACAUGCUGACAGCAAAAUAAUCGCACACCGCAGUUUCUAUGGAAACCCUUCUACGAAUGUACAACCUAUUUUAUUUAGUGAACAAUAUUAAAUGAGUGAUUGUCCUUAAAAUGUAAAUUGUGAGAAAUGUAUUGUGAACAAAUUUAAAUUAGGUCCCAUUAGCUAAAUUUCAAAACAAAAGUGGAAUAUUUUAGCCUAACAUUUUAAAGUUCUUUUUCUAUUUCUGACAAUUCACAUUUCAGUAAACUACCACUGCCAAAUAACCCUUAGCAAUCUGUCCUUGUAUUUUUAGGAACUUGCAUUUUUAGUAUAAAAGAAUUUCUUAAAAUCACAAAGUAAUAUGUCUCAAAAUGACUUUACAUGUGUUUAGACAUUUAGAUGUUUUGGCUGCUGACGAUUUAGCAGAAAAGAGAGAAAACCGCAGGGAAUUUCGAAGUAAGAUGGCAGGCACAACUUGAUAGUACCAUAACUACUACAAUAAGCUGAAGUGGUUAUGGUACUUAAAGGGUGUCUCAUCACCACAGCUAUAUUUUACCAUUGCCAUAUCACUCUAAUAAUACACAAUUUCUUGUAGCUUACUUCCUAUCACAAUAUGUCCCCAAAGCCAAGCUCAUUAUCAUAAUUUCCAUGUCCUCCUUUAAUGUAGCAGUGCCCUCACACAGUCCUAUAGUCACAUUCAUCCCCUGUUCCAUAAUCCCAGCAUCACCUCAUGCCCAAGAGUCCCAAUUACAUUUCCCCUGACCCAUAAUUCCUAUUGCCCUUAUCCUGUUUAGAUAUAACACUCAAGACAGGAAGAGAAAGGGAACUCCGUUCUGCUCAUAUCUAUCUCUGUACAAGAUCCCAAACCAGCAGCCUCAUGGACAGCCUGCCAGGGCAUUGGGGGCAUUGUGCUAGACUCUGCAACUUUAGUUUCAAGUGGCCCUAUACCCAUUCACAACAGGGCCUCAGAUCAUCUUACAUCUGCCGGAACACUCUCCACAUUUUCUUUCUUUAAUUCACUGGCUAGUAAGGGAGAUCUUUUACUAGCCCAUGCAGCGGUUUUCCUUUACUAGCCCUAUUACCUACUGUGCCCUAAACAGACUUCCACGUUGCCCCCAAUGUAAAUAGUCAAACGGAUUGGUAAUGGUUUCGCUUCUUACCCAGUGUCUGCGGUUGCAUCUCCAUGCCUCCUCUCUGCAGUAAGUGAGUGCUAGAAGGGAGUCCUGAGCAAAGUCCAUUGCAAUUUUAGCUCAUUGGCAGAGUGGAUCACUAAACCUGGGCUUACUACACAGUUUGACUACUUACAUUGGAGGGAGCACCAGGGCAUUCCAAGCACCAUAACCACUGUAGGGAACUGAAAUGAUGAUGGUGUCAGGAGUGUAACGUUAAAGGAAUGUCCUUGCGUCUGUCUGCUAUUAUUAAUAUGUUGGUAGCCAUGGCUUAUGAUUACCAGAUGAAAUAAUUUUGAGGAGGGCUGUAUAUUAAAAUGGAAAAUUACUUUUGAGUUAAAAAAAAAAAAAAAAAGGGCAUGUUCUAAAAAUAAACAUUUACUUAAAAAUAAUUAAGUUGGGAAGAAAUAAUUUGACCCCGGAUGAGUGCCAGAGAAAUGAAUAGUCACUUGCAAGCAUUCCUUUGGCUGGUAAAGGGUAAACAACUGUAUAUUGGAAUUUUUAUUAAAAAGAGCUGUGCACAAUUGCAGUGAUUGCAAAUAACAAAAUCUCGUAUAAUUCAUUAAAGCUAAUUACGUUUGUGAUGAUUCUUCUUUAUGAACUACCCUUAUCACAGUGACCUAUGAACAGAUUGCAAGACACUCUGUAAGCCUCUACUGCACAGUCUCUUACCAUAGAAGUCGUAGCCUGUUUGUCUAAUGAUUGACAGUUGUUUAGAACUCCGUGAUGUAGACUGAUGUCCAAUUCCUCUAACAAUUAUUCUUGUUUAAUUUACAAUGUGUAUUCCUAGCAGUGAAAUCUGUAUUUUGGCUUCUGAAUAAAAUCAAGCUUUAUGUUAACACCCUUGUGGAUCCUAAAUACAGGAAGCAGCCAAGCAAGUGUUCCAAUCUUCAUUUGCCAAGGAUUGUACCAUGUAGUGUUUUGUAGGAUGAAUUGUGUGGUAGAGGCUUAUCACAGGAACCCACAAAAACAUUUUUGGUUGGACAUAUCAUAGUGUAAUUAAGCAGGCUGCCAGAUAGAGGACCAAAUGUUCAUUAAGGAGAACAUGUCCGCCCAAAGCCGGAUGUAUGUGAAGCUUACUAGGCCCACUGUAAUUAUUUGUUCCAGGCACAUGAAACUCUUAAGGCAAUACUAUAGUAAAUUACGACCCCUUUAGUAAGCAGGGGCCUCCUAUCCCCUCACCUAAUAAGCAGGAAACGAGAGGUUAGUGUUAAACAGUAGAUGAUAAAUAACCUUCUCGUUUCCACACUCAAUAUAUGGUGAGGUGAGAAAAUGUAAUGGAGCGAAUGGGCUUGUGUAUACCAAAAAGGUCCCAGAAAGCAAUAUAGAGCUCAUAAAGACACCACAAGGAAUUAUGAUAAUGCUAAUCAUAUCUGUUUUCAGAUUGCUUGGUGGCAGUAUGGUCCACUCAGAAUACUGCUGUAACUUGGAUCAUGUCCGCAAACCAGACAUACCACAGAUAAAGAUAAACUAAUGGAAGCCCCCAAUGAGCUACAGAGUAUAUACUUCAUAGAUUCUAUGCAAAAUCACUUUUUCGUUUAUGUAUAAUAUCUAUAGUCUGUAUAAAUUGAAUUAAGAUUGAAGCAUUAUUUUCUGAUUAACAUCUAAAGCGAUGGAAUUGUCAGAGUAUGUAUUUCACUACCAAAUACAGAUGUUUAAGUUGCAAUUAGGUAAAUACUUGCAAAAACAUAACACACAGGGAUAUAAUUUCUAAUUAGUGGGGUAAUAGCUGCUUGAUCCAAAGAGAUAUCAGACUGCUAUUUUGGGGUCAAGAAGGAUUUUUUUCCUAGUUUGUUGCAAAAUUGGAAGCGCUUCAGACUAGUUUUUUUUUUGCCUUCUUUUGGAUCAACAGCAAAAACAUGUGAGGAAGGAUGAACUUGAUGGACGCAAGUCUCUUUUCAGCUAUGUAACUAUGUAACUGUUAUGUGCACUAGUUGAAUGCAUGUAAGGGUUAUUUUGAAUUAGAGGUUUAAGGAAUGAAGCGGCCUUAAAAAGGUAAUUAUGUAAAUAAUUAGUUCACAUCGUGAGUGGGAUAUGCCGCAGUAUUAAUUAUUACUGUUUAUAGACACUCUGAAGUGCAUUAUUUAGAUUAUUUAUAAAUCACUGAUAUAUUCUACUCAAUUGCUUAUUCUUUCUCUUCUCUUUUAUGUAGUCCCAAAUUAAUGUAUCAGUUAAAGGCAAACAAUGGUAGUGGCCUUCUGGUUUAACACAUUAUAUGUAGUUAAUUAAAAGGCAAUGAAAUUUAAAUGAGAAAAAAAAUACAUUUUAAGAAAAUUGCUAUAAGCUAUAAGCUGGACAGUGGAACAAUUCAUUAUUUGCAUAGUCGAUCCUAGUAACUCCUAAAUGAUAAAUGGAAUAGAAAGAGCUUAUAGGGAAAACCACAUAAAAAAAACGCAUUUCACAAGUCCUGACUAAAAUAAGGAAAAAUUAAGUCUCUACUAAAUAUCGCUCUGAAACUAGUCGUGGUGUCACCAUAUAAAAACCACCUAAUAAAAUAAGAGUAACACCAAUCAGUAAAACUGAUAAUAAUAGACCAGGAGCUGAUAUAAGAUAUUAACAAGUCAAUAACAGAAAAAUAAGGUAAAAACCAAAUCAGGUCAAAUAGAUACAAUCCAUCCAAUAUUUAUAAUAUCCAUAAAAAGUCCCAAACCUGGUGGUUAAUAAUUAAUUGGGAUUAUAGAAACAAUGUAAGUGCUACGAAAUGGAUAUAUACUGUAGCUCCUGAUCCUUUUAUCAGUUUUACUGGUUGCUGUUACUUUUAUUAAUACAUAAUGUGCAGCUGACGAUUAUUUAGUAAAGCUCAUUAUCCCCCUCAUUCCUUUCCAAGAGAGAUGUAUAGAAAUGAAAAUAGUCUUCCCAGCUACUUGUUCUGCCUAAAAGUUAAAAACUAUGACUAUGAUUAUGACAUUUGGUCUUAACAUGCAAUCUCCCUCCCACCUAACAUUCACUUUUCAUUAAAAACCUUUUGCUUGUCCCACAUCGUACAUAGGUGAGUUCCAAUUGCCAUCUAUGCAGGCCUGUUUAGCAGCCCAGUUUACACAAUGCUAUCCGAGCCUGAGUUGUAGGAGUUUGCUCGAUUUUGACAAUUUAAUUUUAAUCAAACAAAAAACAGAGAAAAGGGUGGCGCUAAAAAUAAGUGAAAUAUCACAGGUCACAGUAAAUAUCAUUUACUGAAUGCAAGAAUAUCAAUCAAUGUGUGCGUACUCACUAUAUCUCCAUUUUCAAAUUUAAUUUUAGUACAUACUUGGACUUUUGGAAGUCUGGUCUCAGAGUUGUGCCAAUUUAUGAAUAGUAUGAAAUGGUGGUUAUUUCUGAGAUAAGUGUCCUGUGAACAAGAAGACUCUGCAAAGUUACCUAUAAUCCCUUAUAUGAUCUAUUCUAGGGGUUUUAUCAUGCAUAAACAACAUCAUCUGAAUGUUUUCAGCAAUACAAUCUGAGGGCCCCUGCAUGCAAAGCAAAAUAUUUUAAAUGUUUGCUUUUUUUUUUCCUUUGUAAGGGUGCCACUGGAUAAACAGUGGAAACGUGAGAACCUUCGAGGCUAAAGAUGUCAGUGGUCUUAUUACCUGGGAAGAUGGACGUUGUAGCACAGAAUUCUUGUCUUCUUUACCAAAACCACAGUCACAUCUCAGCGUGGCCACAGGAUUUGGGUGUGCAACAAUCUUCUGGUAUUUAAGGAACAGGUGAGACCAGUGAAAUAAGAAAAGACACACUUACACAUGAUUCACUUUUUACAAUUGUAUCUUUUUUAUCAGGGUUAUUCCUAAAGUCAGAAUUCCAAGUGAAUUUGAAAUUUAAGGCCAGAACUAGCUGAACUGAAACCAUAGCUGAAUUUUUCUAGUUUGAUAUUUUUAACCUUAAAUUUGAAAUUCACUUGUAAUUCUCACUUUAUUGAAUAACCUUGUAUAUAUAGUAUUAUACUUCAGAUUGGAAUAAAUAUAUACUUUUGAGUUUUCAGACUGAACUUAUCCUUAAAACUGCUUGCCUUGCUAGUAUUUUCCUAAACGAUAUUCUUCUAAAUGGUGCUAUUCCUGUAUGAUCAUUAGCAUUGCCCAGGGAACACUUAAAAAUGCAGAAAACAACAAAAAAAAAAAAUUAACAGGAUACUAUAGGUUCCAGAACAUCUUUAGCUUAUUGAAGCAGUUUUGGUGUAUAGAUCAUGCCCCCACAGUCUCCCUGGUCAAUUCUUUACCAUUUAGGAGCCUCAUGUGUGAAAAAAAAGUUCAACUGAUAGAACUGGAGAUAAAAACUACUAAAGUAAGUUAAGAUCUAUUUGAAAUUUAAAUAAUUUUUUCAUGCAGGCAGUGUCAGUCACAGCCAGAGAAGGUGUCACUUGGAAUGCAUAAACAAAAAUAAAAGGGAUUUAACUCCUAAAUGGCAGAUAAUUGAGCAGUUAGAGUGGAAUGCAUGAUCUGUACAUUAAAAUGGGCAGACUUUAUGGGCCGAAUGGUUCUUAUCUGCUGUCACAUUCUAUGUUUCUAUGUCACAUUCUAUAAAACUGCUUAUUAAGCUAAAGUUGUUUUGUUGCCUAUAGUAUCCCUUUAAAUUGGUCCUAUGGCUGGCACUAUGCAUGCUAGUUCAUCUGUACAUGGGCGACAUUUUUAGCAUACCUCUUGAGGAAGCAAAAUGCAUUUGUCCAUACUAAGCCCCAUGUGUUGUUUCAAAAUAUAAUAUUGGUUAAUGUGAAUAUAUGUUUUUAUUUGCAUUUGUUCAAAAUUAAAUUGAUCUAGGUUACUGUAACCAUUAAAUGCUUGUGUAUCAUAUCUAUGCAUAAUAAGGGCUUUUAUUAGUCCCUUGGUAACACUUGAUUUUAAAGAUUAGUAUCUACAGCUGGUCCAUUCCUCUGGCCCCAGGGGAUGCUUAUAACACACAUAUUUAAAGUAUGCACAGCCCCUGACCUUUUUGUGUGUACAGCAUCUACUGUGUCAUUGAUUGCCGCAACACAGCUUGAAAGUGAUCAACAGCCAUAAUUAACAUGAACAAAUAAAAUUACUGUUUUGUAUAUAUUUAAUAAUGAUAUUAAUAGUAUAUUGUAUAACAAAAUACAAGUGGGUUAGAAUAAUUACCUUUAUUAAAGGGACAGUGCAGGCUGGAGAUAACAUACAUAAAUACAUAGUAUAGAAAAUCAUUAAAAUGCUAAAAGGUUUUUAAAAAAAGAAAAGAAAAUAAUUUUCAAUAAAAAUAUAUAUUUUAUUCAUUUUAAAGUUGAGGAAUUUACUUCUAAUUUCAGUUUCCAUUACAGGAAAAGACCUCUUAAAGGCGCUAUAAAUAUCCAGUAUUGACAUAUACAAUAUUGAUGGGAGUGCUUGCAUUGACUUUAGUUGUGGCAUCAAAUGUGUCCUUGCACACAUUUGAUGCACAGUGCUGAAUUAAAAAUCGCAUGGAUCCCUACAUCUCUAAAGUGGCAAUAUAAAAAGGAUGGAACAGCAGGGUAUGCAGCGGCUCCAACUUGAAUUGAUUUAUACUAAGAGUGCAAAUAUAUUCUAGAAUAGGGGUGUCCAAAAGGGUAGAUCCCCAGAUAUUGUAGCACUACAACUCCCAUGGUGCGUUGCAUACUUCUAGAAUGACUAAGCAUCAUGGAGGCUGUAGUUUUAAAACAUCUGGGAAUCUACCUUUUGGGCACCCCUGCUCUAGAACGAUGAUUUGAGGAUGCAACUUUUUCACUUAGGUCUGCGACCCCUGCAGCUGCACUUGGAUGUAAUAUUUGUAGCUGUCACUGCUAUAUAAUAAUGUUUCACUUUGUCAUCUAGUUUUUUUAGUGGGACUACAUUUGCAGUUAAUGUACUGUACUGCUUGAAAUCACUUUUGUUUAUGCUCAUUGAUACUCACAGAAUGUAUGGGAGAUCACCUAUUGGCUUACAACUCACUCUUCAGCAACCAAGAUGAGAGUCCACAAAAUAUAUUUGUUACAUGAUUAUUUUUGGUUUCAGUUUUCUGACUCUUUUUUUUUUUUGGCACAGUUCCUGCAAUACAUUAUCUGCUUAAUGUGGAGUAUCUACUUAAACAAACCAACCAUAAAAUUGAUGGAACAACAGGGUAUGCAGCUGCACCUCCUUGAAUUGAUUGAUACUAAAAGUGCAAAUAUACUUGUAGUGGAGCUCCCUGUACCCUGGCUGGGUACCUCCGCCAAGGACCGCUUCCUAGCUGGAACAGGGGAAAACCUAAGUGCUUCUGCCCCAGUCGCCAUGGCUUGACUGUGGUCCUCUGGAGCCUCUCCGUCCUGGAACAGGAUAGGGGACUAGCUCUAUGCCUUCCCAGGGACUGGACAACACACAGUCCUGGGAGCUCUAGUCCUUACAAAGACUUUCUCCGCCAAAUUCUCCACGAGCUGGAACAAGGUGCUAAGCAGUGGUUAUAGCCCUUCCCCUCCCAGUAACUAGACGACACAUAGUUCUGGGAGUACUACUGGUUUAAUGCAUCCAAACACAGCCUUUUUAUACACAGAUCCCAGCAAGGGGGUCUCCAUUGUCUUCUCCACUAGCCCUUACCAGUAAUCUCUGGGCAUGGGAGAUAAUUGCAUUAAAGACUGGUAAGCUAAUUAUCUCCCAGGAACAGAAAAUCCCCAAAAACAUAAUAAAAACAUAAAAAAACACACAAAUUAUACAUCAUUAAAUAGCCCUGAUCUGAGUGCCCAAGUUCUCCAAAUAGCGCUCAGAUCCAUGCAGUGUAGGGGAAACGCAACCGUGUUAGAGUUCUGACCAGCCUCACACGUGGUCCUAUUUCCAAAAUGUUUCCAAGGCAUUUGGUGCUUUUGCAGGUCAACUUCCGGGAGCUCCUGCGGGCUGCAAUACGGGGUGCUCCACCUGGCUCUUAUGUAGCAUUUGUUUCCCUUAGUCUUAGGCACCUUCCCUCCAAAAAGCAGUCUCCUUGCGGAUUUCAAAGUGGUUCAAAACCGCAAACCAAGUUUUCCGGGCCCGAGCAGUUCCAUAACAUUUGUGGCGAAGUCCCGCUGAGGUGACCGGGAACCCGCAAAGUCCUCAUGCCGAAUUUAGUUCCAUAUCGGUUGCGGCUAAGUACCACUGGGAUUGUUCGUGGGUUUGGUUCAUGCGAACGGUCGCCAGAGAGCCAGCGUUUGGUUCUAUUCGCAUAAAGAGAAAGUGCCGAACCAGGGGCACCCGGGGAAAGCUACUAUUGACAGCUGGGCAUGGUAACUCCCAAAUGGUGUCCAAGUCCUGGACCAUAUUCGGUGGGCAGGAGUCUGGCUUCUACAAUCUUCCAGGUGUCCAUGGCAAACGUACAUGGGAGGAGCGUUUGUCACAAUACUCUAGAACAGGCUUCCCUAAACUCCAGCCCUCCAGAUGUGGCUGAACUACAACUCGCAUGAUUCUCAGCCUUUCUAUUUCAUUCAUAGAAUCAUGGGAGUUGUAGUUCAGCAACAUCUGGAGGGCCAGAGUUUGGGGAAGACUGCUCUAGAAGAAUGUUUUUUGAGGGUGCAACUUUUUCACUUAGAUUUGGCAGCUUUGACCCCUGCAGCUGCCCCUAAAUGCCAUAUUUGUAGCUGUUGCUGCUAUAUAAUAUUGUGUCACCUAUUCACCAACUUGCUAUUUUAGGAAGACUACAUUUGCAAUAAAUAUUCUUAGAGGCAACAACCAGCGACCAUUGAGGGGGUCACAACACCAAUCUUCUUCUGAAUAUUACAAAAACAACCUGGCCAGGUCACCCCUUAGUGGCUUUAAUGCAGGCACAUUUCAACUUUAAAAAGGCUUUGACAUUGAUUUAAGUAUUUGCACAGUAUUUUUGUCUUGUCAGAUGCACUUCAAGGCAUGAGAGUGCAUGAAACAUAAAGUAGAUAUUAUGUAAAUAAAUCCCAAAGGUGGAAAUAUUCUUCCAAACAAGUGAAUCUAUAAUAUUAUAAAUUAUUCAAAAUAUUAUCCUGAGUUAACGUAGACUUCAUCAUGCAGACUGUGCUUUUAUUGCAAAGACUCAUUUUCUAGGCAACUAACCUCCAGGGAGCAGAGCUUACAGAGAAGAAACAUAUUUUUAUUUUUUUAGUAAAAAUUUGUGUUGAAUUGACAUACAGUAUUGCAUAUACAUAAAUGCGUUUAAGACUUACAUGUUAACAUUCUCAAUUCGAAUAGCAAGUCGGAUAAGCAAAGGAAGAUGAUUAUGCCUACAGUAUUAUAGAAUAAAAUCAAAGAUGUAGUUUUAAUGGGAAAACAGUACAGUAACCACGUUGUUCUUUGUGUCAUUUGCCAGAUGAUUAGUCUUUUAUAACAUACACUGCUUAGCCGCAACAUUAAAACCACUUACAUAAUAUCAUGUAAGUUCUCCUCGUGCAGUCAAACUGGUAUGAUGCGUCGAGGCAUGGACUCCACAAGACUUUUGAAAGUGUACUGUGGUAUCUGGCACCAGGAUAUUAGCAGCGAAUCCUUUACGUCCUGCAAGUUGCUAGGUGGGGCCUCCAUGGAUUAGAUUUGUUGUACCAGCAUAUUCCACAGAUGCUCAAUCAGAUUGAGAUUUGGAGGCGAAGGCAUCACCUUGAACUCUUUACCAUGUUCCUCAAACCAUUCCUGAACAAUUUUUGCAGUCUAGCAGGAUGCAUUAUCCUGUGGUCUACAACAAUCUCUAAGUAGUCUAAGUAGUCAAAGUUACAUCAACACGAAUGCCAAGACCCAGUUCUGACUCUCAUGUCUAUUGAAGGCGCCUGGGGUCAGCAUGGGCACUCUGACACGGUCUUUGGCUAUACCGCAAACUGCGAAGCACUUUGUGUUCUGACACUUUUCUAUCAUGUCCAGUUUUUCAGCAAUUUGCGCUACACUAGCUCUUCUGUGUGAUCGGACCAGACAGGCUUGCUUUUCCUCCCUAUGUGCAUCAAUGAGCCUUGGGUGUCCAUGACCCUGACACCGGUUCACAGGUUGUCUUUUCUUGCACCACUUUUGGUAGGUACUAACCACUGCAUACUGAAAACAACCCUGUUUAGGAUUGCUCUGACCAGGUCGUCUAGCCAUCACUAUUUUGCACUUGUCAAAGUUGCUUGCCCUUUUUUCCUGCUUCCCAACUCAUGAAAUUCAAAAACAUGACAAUUCACUUACUGCCUAAUCCCACCCCUUGUAACAAAAUAAUUAAUAUCAAUUACUUUACCUGUCAGUGUUUUUACUGUUGUGGCUGAUCAGUGUAUACUGUAUAAGUGGCCACAAUAUCAUCUUUGCAGCAAUUUUUCAUCAUUCUCCAUUGUAAAAGUAAGUUUUAAUAAGUAAAGCAAAGGUUGGUUUUAUCUAUUAUAUCUUGAUAUGUGUAAAAGAAAACACCUUAAAAAACAUCUCCUUGAUUUAAAGUAGCACUCUGGUCCUCUAAAGCACUUCAGUUUAUUUUAAUUGAAAUCUCGAAGGCCCUAAAUCUACUCUGUAAAAUGGAACAUCCAAAAUGUUAGAAAUAAACACAUUUAUUUUUAAAUUUGGAGCGUUCUGUUAAUUACUAAAAAGUAAUUAGGCAUUUCUAUCCCUCCAUCCCUUUCUCCAUGCUUCCACCUACCUACCCAGGCUUGGAAACUGAUUAUUGUAUUUACUCAUUUUAACCCCUUAAGGACCAAACUUCUGGAAUAAAAGGGAAUCAUGACGUGUCACACAUGUCAUGUGUCCUUAAGGGGUUAAAGAGACACGCUAAACUUGAUAAUGUGGAUGGAAAGAGACAUUUCAUGUUCCUCAGGUUCCAAACAACUACCUGAGAAUAAAUGAUUUACCAUAGCAAUACUACCUCCACCAUAGGCAUUGCUAAGGGGGAGUGGAGAAAGGGUGAGGGCUAAAGGGUCUUUUAGCUCCGGACCAUUACAGAUUGUGGAGGGAGCAGAAGUAUAUUAGUAUUCUUUUUUCUUUAAUCUUACAUUAGUCAGGUUCUACCCAUUAUAAAAAGAAAGAUUGGUAGUGUAGUGCCCUGUCAGGCUACUUAGUGGACAGAUCUCUCUGUCAGUGAAGGGGUCAUCGGCUUUUUUGGGGGGAGAGGCGGUUUGGAGCCUAGCAAACACCUGGUUCCCCCAAAUUUGAUAGACACCCCUUGGACACUGAGAAGAGUCUAAUGAAGGUGGUUUACAAAAGUUAGUGUUUAUUCAAAAAACAUUCAUCUCUUCUCAAUAUCCGAGGGGAUUUUGAUAAUAUUGGGGUAGACGGUGCUGCUGUUGUAUUCUUUUUUACAACGGAAGAAUGGGUUACCAAGAUAAAGCCAUGUGCAUAAUUUGAGUUCCUGACAAAAGAACCUCUGCGUGAAUCGUGCUGAAAAAUAAUUACCAGCAAAUGAAUAAAUGAAAAGAUUAAAUAACCUGAACAUUGCUUCAUUCUCCUCCAAAGUUUCUUUUUGCCACUGCACCAGUAGCAUAGCAUAGUAGGCUGGACAAACCAAAAUAAAUAGUUAGGAAUAAGAUUAACGCUAUGUGCUAGUCAAACUGGUAUCAAAUGCUAUGUGUCGAGGAAAUGUGAUUCCUCAUAAAUUGUAGAUAUGGUAUUUCUCAUUUGAUUUAGGUCAGAUUUUCUUCAAAACUAUGAUGCAGCUGGAACCAUCCAGGAUUAUGUCGUUUCCAUGAUAUGUGGACUUGAAGUGCCUAAAAUGUCUGUUCAGAAUGCUGCCAGCUGGGGAUAUUUUAACACCUGUUCCAAAACCUGGAAUACAGACAUGUGAGUACAUACUAGCUCAAAUACAGUUUGUUUCCAGUAGCCCCUUGGUCUUCUCUUCUCCCCUCAUAGAACUCCAGUAGAUGAAACACGGCACCAUAUAAUGCUAUGAUUCAUACGAUUCACAUUAACCUAAAGGGGUAUGUGAUGUUUGACUUCCACUGGGAAUGUGUGAUAUACAAACUCCAAGGAGCCUAUUUGCCAUCAUGUAGUUAGGGGGACUAUCAGCUAAUGUUUAAUAAUUUACAUUAAAACGACAGGGCUUAUCCACAGACUUUUUUCACGCUGUUGUCUUCUAUUUUUGCAUUCCUUAAUCAAGUGGCUACAUUUUAACAAUGUUCUAGAUUAGAAGCAUCUGGUUUUCCUGUGUCCUUGCUGCCCGAGAUUGCGGAUUCUGGAUGUUUAGCAGGAAAGUUGUCUUGUGAUUGGUGUGGCAUUCCACAAGGGACUGAAGUUGGAGUUGCGCUGGGAGACUUUCAGUGUUCUGUUUACUCUUCUAUGACUGAGGAUACUGAUGCUGGUACGCAUCAUAUGUUUAGCCCAUUGUAAUGGGUAUAUUUAUAAAAAUAUUAAGUCAAAUCACUUGCCAUAAAUCUUUCCAAUAAACGUAAAAGUAUUGAAAAUUAUUACAAUUUGUUUUUAAAGGGAUAUUUUGUAUUAUUGUGCAAUAAAAUAAAUUAUCUACUGGAGGUUCUGAAGCUCCCAGAAUAUUGAACUGUGAAACCUACUGACUAUAAAGUAUACAAUUGUGCUCAACGUAUGCAGACACAAAAAGGCAUGUUAUCCAGGAAAUGCUUAGAGGGAUCCUAUGGUGCCAGGGAAACAAACCCAUUUUCCUGGCACUAUAGGCUCUUGGAGUGCCCCCUCCCUCAGCACUGAAGGGGUUAAAACCCCUUCAGACAUUAACCUUAAUUCAGUCGAGCCUGACGCUGGUGACCUCUCCUCCCCCAUCGACGACAGCUCCCGAGUGGAGCCGAAUGCGCAUGCACGGCCAGAGGCGGGCGCGCAUUCAAACCCGCCCAUAGGAAAGCAUUACUCAAUCUUAUUUGAUGCUGGGCUCUGUGAGGACAUCCAGCGUCAAAUAAGUGCGAUUUACUCAGUGUAAAUAGCGGAAGCACCUCUAGUGGCUAUCAGGGAGACAGCCACUAGAGGCUGGAUAAAUCCUGCAGCGUAAACAUUUACAGCUGCAGGGUUAAAACUAGAGGGACCUGGCAUCCAGACCACUUCAUUGAGCUGAAGUGGUCUGGGUGCCUAUAGUGGUCCUUUAACAUGUAAGUUUCACAUCUAAAGGACUUUUUUUUUUUUUUUUUUUUGCUUUAAGCAAGAUCACCUAUGAAGUAGCUUUCCCUAAGUUCAUCUGUGAAGCAAGAAGUGCAGGAAUCAUUCUAGCAUAGCUAGUUUUAAAGGAACACUCCAAGUAUUGUAAACUCUACAGCCCACUGUAGUGGUUAUGGUGCCAGAAAUGCCCUGCUACCCACUCAUAGUAAUAUGUCACACCGUUUGAAAGAAGCCCGUCAAUUUGCAACACUUUUCAUACAUAUAUUUAGCAGCUGUCCAAUUGUUUUUUUAACACACUUUAACUUAUAUUCUCUAUGUUUUUGAAAGUCCUUAAUAUCAGCACAUCCGCACAGCUGACAUUUUCCAUGCCGGAGGGUUUCCAGCCACAAGACCAUCCAAGCCCUGGAGAAGCAGUGGUGUACUUUCCAUACUUCAAUGAUCGUUACCUUGCUGUGGCAGCCUCUCUGAAUGGAGGAAACGUGUUUGCUUCAUUUGUUGCAAUGUUGUCUCAGUGGGUCUCUGAACUAGGUAAGAAUCCCUAUGGAUUCCAAUAACGACAAGCACAGGGAUGUUUGUCUUAUCCAGCACUCCAAAUUCCUGUGUUUUUAAAGAAAAUAAAAAUAAAAUAUACUUGGUUAAAGGACCACCAUAGGCACCCAGACCACUUCAGCUUAAUGAAGUGGUCUGGUGCCAGGUCCAUCUAGGGUUAACCCUGCCUGCUGUAAACAUAGAGAAACUGCUAUGUUUAUAAUAGGGUUAAUCCAGCCUCUAGUGGCUGUCUCACUGACAGCCGCUAUAGGCGCUUCCGCGCUUCUCACGGUGAUUUUCACAGUGAGAAGACGCCAGCGUCCAUAGGAAAGCAUUGAGAAUGCUUUCCUAUGGACUGACUGAAUGCGCGCUCGGCUCUUGCCGCGCACGUGCAUUCGGCAGAAGAGGGAGGAGAAUCCCCAGCCUCCCCCUAGAGCACGGCGGGAGGGGGGCCAUGAGGGUGGGGGGGACCUAUUAACACUAUAGUGCCAGGAAAACGAGUUUGUUUUCCUGGCACUAUAGUGGUCCUUUAAGCCAUCACUGCUAAUAAACAAGUGAGCUGCAAGAGAGGAUCAUUCAUUAUGGUGACAUCUGGACCAAAUGCCCAUUAAAAAGCCAUAUAUAAAUAGAGAGAGAGAUAAUAUUUAGAGAUCAGAGAAAGGUGUUUUUUUAAUUAAUUAAUUAAUUUAUUAUUUCUAUAGAGAAUGUGAUCUAGAAGUUAAAACUAUAAAUAUCCUUCCUGUUUUUGUCAGUUCUUGAUAUUUUCUCACAAAAUAUUUAAAAGGCACAGUUUCAAAGACCGCUUCCUAGAACUAUAUCUAAUAUAACUAUUUCUAGUAUUUAUUGAGUUUGGGGAGUUCCUUUAAUCUUUCAAUGCCAAAUGGUUAACAGCACAGUGUAUUACAGAGCUCCAAUGGAGUGCAGGAGGAAUCUGUACAUCUGCUAAAUUACAUAUGUGAUCAUAAGCCUCUGUUAUUUAAUUUGGAAAUUGUAGUGUAUCCGGUGAUACAGCCUAUAGCUUUAAAAAAAAUUAAAUAAAUAAGGAGUACUUCCAGUCAAUAUUUUAAACCUGUGCAUAAUUAAAAAAAAAAAAAGGCAAAACAAAAAAAAACAACUAAAAAAGCAUUGAGAUUUACAAAAAUCCACAGUUUUUAAGAGUCAAAUUUCUCUGCAACAAGUAAGCCCAAGGGAAAGCAUUUUACCAUAAAAAAUGAGACGAAUAGAGUAUAGUUGUUGUCUGUGCAACACAUCAGCUAAUGAUUUCAGGAAAUGACAGAUGCCUUGAGUUGAGCCUGCACUUAUCUAAUUGUGUUAUCUCCUUUUAAUUUUCCAGCUCCAUUUGCUUUUCUGAAAAAAAGGACUCAUUAGUAGAAAUCAGUGUGGAAGCUAUUAGUGUAAGUUAGAGAGGCUAAGAAAAGGAGGUUAAACUGUGUGUGGUGUACAGUAUAUAGAGAGAUUCAUAGCUGUAUGUAUUUCAUGAUCAGGUUUUACUUUUAACAGCAGUUCAUAUUUUUAGAUCCUGGAUAAUGUGACGUGUAUUAAGUCAGUACAGUAAUACAUAGUGUGAUCAACACUGUGCAAUGAAAGAGUCCUGGCAUGCUCCAGAUUGAUGGGAGUUAAUCUCUUUGGUAGCUUCACUCAGCUUCUCGUGAGCGUGAGAUACAAAAUAUGUUUAUAUAAGCAAAUACAUGCACACAACACCAAUUAAAACAUUGAGUACACUUAUAACUACUGUAUUGUAAAAGUAUCAGCUUUAUCGUGGAAGACUAUUCUAAGUAUUCAUCAGAAAAUGUUACUAAACUACACAGCUACUUAUAUGUAUGUUUUAACAGUAGCAUAUAUUCUGAUUUUUGUUUUCAAAAAUGUUUCUGGAAAAACAAUUCAGCAAACAUGUUUAAAAUAAAAUAUUUAAUUCUUAUUCUGAUGAAAUAUAUAGAAUAUACAGAAUAUUUCACUUAACCACUUAAGGACACAACGUCUGGAAUAAAAGGGAAUCAUGACGGAAUAUUUCCGUCAUGUGUCCUUAAGGGGUUAAUUAAGAUUUUAAACUGUUUUAUACAGUGUUUUGAAAGUGAAACUCUAUGCACCAAAACAACUUUUUUCUAAUUAAAGGAACAUUAUAGGUUAAAGGAACACUAUAGGGUCAGGCACAAAAACAUGUAUUCCUGACCUCAUAGUGUUAAAAACACCUUUUAGGUGGUUGGCCACAUCUUGCCCCCCUUAACGAAGUUCAAAAACUACCUUUAUUCCAGUGCCUUGCGGGUCUGCCAAUGCUGGCCCUGCCCCAAUCCGCCCUUUGGUUGAGAUCAUCAGAAUUGGCGAACUUGGCCAAUCCAAUGCUUUCCUAUGGUGGCGGAGCCAAACACUGUGCUGGCCAAUCAGCAUCUCCAUUGAUUUAAUGCAUCUUAAUUAGGAAAGUUUAGUGUCUCCAUGCAGAGCGUGGAAAUGCUGAAAGUCAGUGCCGCACGUUUUCCAGCAUUAACCCAAGAAGUGCCUCUAGUGGCUGUCUGAGUUACUGCUACUGAAGGUGUACCUAGGGAGCCAUGUAAACACUGCCUUUUCUCUGAAAAGGCUGUUUUUACAGUUGAAAAGCCUGCAGGGAUAGGCAGUAGACACCAGAACAACGCCAUUAAGCUAUAGUUGUUCUGGUGACUAUAGUGUCCCUUUCAAUUACUUAGUCUAGGCAACCCUAGCCACGCUCCCUGAGACUCACACAGCCUACCUACACACUUUCUAAUAGAGAUAAAAUGUCCUCUGUUGACAAUGUGUUAGAACGAUGCAAAAUGCGCUAUACAUGUCCACCUCUAAGUAAUCUACAGAGCUAUUCACAGUGAGUCGAUUUCAAAAUCAGAUGACCAGUUACAUUUAAGGCAUCCUAACAUUGCCUAUAUUUAGAUUUUUCUACAACUUGUUAAACAAUUGAUAUCUGCAAUAUCUGUCACACCCCUGUCCUAGUCUGUGUUUAUGUGCUGACUGCCAUUGCCUGUGAUUCAAUGACACCAGAGCAAGACCCGGAGAUCUGGGAUAGUAUGUUUAUAUGCUCCUCCUGAUUCUAUAACCAGGCUACACCGCCUUUUUGUUUUAGAUAUAUUGCUAGUCUUCUCUUGAUAUAUUUCAUGAAUUUCGUUCCAUGUAAUGAAAGUGUGUAACCAGUCGUCUUCUUUUUUUUUUUCCCAUUAUUGUAGGACUUGACAUUUCCGAUUCCAGCCUAUAUACCCAGGUGAUAAAAGCGGCCUUGUCUCAUGGUGAGAGUGGUCUUACAGUUUGCCCCAUACUGUUUGGUGAAAGACACAUUCCUGACGCACUGGCUUCUGUAUCAAACAUCACAGCCUCUGAGCUUUCCUUGGGCCAUGUGACUAGAGCACUUUGCAGAGGGAUCAUCGAAAACUUGCACACUAUGCUUUCUGCCCAUCGGCUUCGGGAGUCUGGGGUGACAAGACUGAUCGGAAGUGGCAGUGCUCUAGCAAGGAAUGAUGUGUUAAGGCAGGAAGUAGAAAGGAUAUUUCCAUUCCCCGUGGUAUACGGAAAUGAUGUAGAUUCAGCUGUAGGUGUAGCUAUGGUGAUGAUAAAGCGCAGGUAGCUGGGGCAUUGUAUUUUUUUUUUUUUUUUAAAGAAAUGGGCAUUUGGGAUAUUAUUGCAAAAUUGUUGUCAGGGAGAUGGUGGGCAUGAGAGGGAAUAGUAUUAUCAAAGUAAGUUUGCAAGCACUUUUAGGGGCAGUUUUGAAAUACAAAUUCAUCUUGUAAUCUGUUACGUUCCAUAAUUUUGUUCAAAGAGCUUUCAAUCACUUAGUCAUUAGUCACUUCAGUCUUAUAUAUGCUAUAUUCUUUAUAGUAUAUAUUGUUCUACAUGUUAUUAUUGUAGCUGUACGUCAGUGCAGUUGAAGCCUCCUUUCUCUACUAAAUGAUCAACUGAUUUGAAUAAAAGAACAUAUGCAAGUGAUAUUUUUUUAUUCAUAAAAAUGCAAAUCCUUCUGUCAAUAAAAUUGUUUAUUUUUCCUUCGG